GUAAGCAAGGUACGGCCACUUUUCCUGUUUCCAUGCGUUAAAACUGAAGUUGAGGAAUCAAGGAAUUAUAACUGAAACUACAACAGAUAUAGGACCUCAACACAUUGACCAUGUACCUUUCGCGCCAGUUGAGACAGCUGCCCAAGUCUACCAUCGUGCGUGGACUCGCGUGCCGCAAGCAUUACACAACCAAUUCUGCGGAAGAGCGGAUCGAAAUACCCAAGCGGAUAGAGCGCUCGCCCACAGACAUACUGCAAGCCCUAGCCAGCACUGUGGGCCGCGAUCCAACCGCCCCGCACUACAAAUACCAUGACGAUCCCUACUUGAUACCCAUGUCCAAUGCAGCGAAGCGUACAUUCGCCAUGUCACAAGAAGCAGGACGAAAAGCAGCUAGCUGGAUCAAGGAGGAACACCGAGAACUUUUUAUGCAUGAAGAAGCCCAGCCUCCGAUUGAGAAGUUCGCACCAAACGUAAUCUACAAUGAGAAUUCGGAAGUGGAUGCGAGCACUCUGGAGCAACUUAUUGCUCAGGGAGAACUAUCGGACGCAGUUUUGGUAUACAAUGUGAUGGAAGAGAAGGGCAUGGAAAUCAGUGAGUCGCUGAAGCAGAGCCUGCUAGAGCUCGUCUGCUUUUACAACAAUCAGGAGCCUCUGGAAGAAGAAUAUAUAGAAGAGCGCUGGUUCAUGGAGAACAGUCGGCGACGCGAACGUCAUGGCAAGACUUGGAAGGACGGUGAUUUAGCUGAGAAACUUUUUGCUGCCAUCGAACCAAAGACCCCGCAGUCUUAUGCGGCCCUUAUUCGUGGCAUGGCAAAAUAUCACCAGUGUGAACGCGCUUACGCACUGUUUCAAGAAGCUGGCGAAAAGCGAUUGGAACUAGAUGCAAACACUUUCAAUGCCAUCAUCAGCAUUGCUAAUUUUCUAAAGGAAACAGCAGAUCAGCGGUGGCAGUUGUGCGCCCAAUUACUCCAGCAAAUGUCGGAACAACAAAUCCGCCCCAAUCUGGGAACAUUGAAUGCAUUGCUGGGUUGCAUUAGCACCUUUGGCAACUUUAAAAUGGCACGCAGUCAUGCCUUGAGGGUUCUCAGCGAGUUUAAGAAACUGGGCGUGAGCCCUAGCUUGGGCACAUAUUAUUAUCUGCUUAUCAUAUUUUGCCGCGACCGCGGACCAGUGUCACACGUGAUUGUGGACAUUUUAAAUGAUAUUGCCGGAAAAGAGUUUAGCAUUGCACAUCCAAAAGACACCUUUUUCUUUGCCACUGCGAUGGACGUGUGCCGUAAUCACUUGCACGAUAAAUCACUGGCUAAAAAGGUCGACGAGCUACUACACUUUGGCAAGAACUACGAUCUGAUAGGUGACUCUUUCAAAGAGUCGAUCUACUAUCGUAAUUAUUUAGCGCUGCUCUGUCAGACUGAGGCCAUCGAGGACUUUAUGCGUACCUACGAUUUGUUAGUGCCCAACAUUUACAUUCCUGAACCGGGCAUCAUGGAAGAAAUACUAAAGGCAAUUGAGAUCAAUGCUGCGGCGGAACAUGUUCCUCGAAUGUGGUCUGAUAUGGUCAUCUUCGAUCUCACGCAGCGUGAAAGUCUGUUGCUAAUUCUCCUGCGCAUUAUGAUCGAGAAUCGUCCAAAAGAGAAUACAGAACAGCAGCAAUUGCCUGCCCAAUUCGCCUCAGUGGCUUUGGACAUGUACAAAAAAAUUGAAGAGUCUUCACAUCGCAUCAAAAAGGUCUCAUUCACUGGCCAAAUGCUGGGCGACAUUCUGACGCUGCUGGUCCGCGGCGAUAAUUUCGAGAAGGCUUCCGAAGUGUUUACAUACAUUGACAAAAACCAACAUCGCAUACCUGGAACGCCCGCCGAGACCGCCUUACAGGAAUUCGUGGAUGCGUGUGUACUGAACAAAUCACCUAGUCAGUCGCUCAUUGCACUGCAAUAUGUUGUGGAAAAUAACAUGGAAUCCAUUACACUAGCAAAACGUAUUAAUGGUGGAUUCACACUCAACGAGGGGCACUUGGCCAAGCUGAAGUCGCUGGUCGGCGACAGUUUUCUAGACAAAUGAGUUUUAUACAGCUACACAAUACAUACAUACGUUUAAUAUUGCAAUAUUUGUUGUACAUCUAAAUAAAUUCCUACACAUCCACAAGAUGCAA